AUGAAUGAUCUUACCAUGGGAUCUAGCCCCGUUUCCAAGGAAGCCGCUGUCAUCCCGUCCGACUCCACAGAGGAGGCCGAGGCUGAACAGGUCCGGGGCAGCAGUGCAUCGUUGAAUUCCUCUCGAGAUGAGGCUAUCGUUUACCCCCAUGGCAUACGCCUAUGGACCAUGAUGGGAAUGAUUGCAUUACUUUUCUUCUUGACAACAAUAGAGACUUUUAUCGCCGUUACUGCGCUAUUGGCCAUUUCAAAGGACCUCGACAGCUUUGAAACGGCGAGCUGGGUCCUCUCCAGCUACCAACUUGGCUAUGUCGCCGUCAUAGUCAUCUCUGCCAAGCUCAGUGACAUUCUAGGCCGCAAGCUCGUCCUCAUUGUCUCUAUUGUCAUUUUCACGGCCUUAUCUGGGGGUUGUGGUGCUGCCCAGAACAUGACGCAGCUAGUUGUGCUGCGAGCCUUUCAGGGUGUUGGAGCCGGCGGCUGUUUCGCGCUCUGCGCCAUCAUGAUGGUGGAGCUUGUUCCGCCUGCAAAACUUGGGCCGGUAGUGGCGCGGACCGGCAUCGCCAUUGUGAUGGCCAUGAUCCUGGGGCCGAUCAUUGGAGGCGCCAUCUGCGACCAUUCAACCUGGAGAUGGAUAUUCUGGCUGAACGUUCCAUUGGGAGCUUUUGCCUUGCUACUUGCUCUGGUGGGUUUACCCAAAGGCUUCCCGCAUCACCUGCGUCCGGAUCAAAGCGUCCUUGCCAAUAUAGUCCCGUCAAAAACCCGCGCAAGAAUAGACAUUCUCGGCUUCUUCCUCGUUAUGGCGGCAACGGUUACGUUCACAGCAGGAUUUCAAGAAGCCGAUGCAAGAUUUGCUUGGGACUCGGCCUAUGUCAUAAGCCUACUUGUGCUCUCCGUCGUUUUCUGGGCCGCCCUCUUGCUUUGGGAACGCCAUGUUACUCGCUCCGAUGGAAUCAGAGAGCCUGUUCUUCCGUGGAGGUUUUUCACCAACCGUGUGCUGAUCGGGAUAAUGCUUGGCUUCUUGCUGGUGGGAGGACCAAUGGCAGUCUUAAACUUCCAACUUCCCCAGCGCUUUCAGCUCAUCAACGGCAUGUCAAGCUUCGACGCCGGCGUCAGAAUCAUCCCGUUUGGCGCGUCGUUCUCCAUCGGCUCCAUUGCGAGCGCGAAUAUAGCCAGCAGGCUCAAAGUGCCAGCCAUUUACAUGACGCUGUGUGGGAGUGCUUUCCAGAUCGUUGGAUUCGCGCUGCUGAGCACGUUGGAGGCCUCGACCGAGCUGCAUCCUGCAACCUACGGUUACGAGGUGCUCUGCGGGGUGGGAUGCGGAGUCAACUACCAGAUCCUUUAUCUGAUGGUCCCAUUCACGACCGAGAAGCGAGAUCAUGCCGUGGGGAUGGGCGCAGCAAACCAGUUUCGGUACAUGGGCAGCGCGUUCGGGCUGGCCAUCGCCACCUCGGUCUUCAACGGAUAUGGAAUGUCCCGCCUGAGGGAUCUGGGCAUUGCGGAGCCCACGGAGCUCUUUCUGGCUGGCGAGAGUGACAUACUACCUGAGAGUACGCAGGAGGUCGUCAGGCAGAUUCUCUCGGAGGGUUACAACCGCCAGAUGUUGGUCCUGUGCGCCUUUGCCGCGGCCCAGGUGCCUGCAACCCUACUGAUGUUCAAGAGGAAGCAGGUUAUCGUAGCAUAG